GCUACUGUUAUGAACUACUUUGUCCGCCAUUGUUGUGGAGGCCGCAUCCGUUUGUACGGGCUGUUUACAGUGUAAGAGACUUCUGUCAAACUUUUAACUUUGAGUCUGUACAGUUCAUCUUUGGAUUACGUUUCCAGCAUGUCGGAACAAGAAGAAAGUGCCCGCAUUACCAUUCCAGAUGCUACAAAGUUGAUUGAAGGUUUGAAAGAUGUUGAUCAAUUGGUUACCUUUGCUAAAAUUGCCGAGCAGGGCGAGCGCUAUGACGACAUGGCCCGUGCAAUGCGAAAGGUAACGGAGCUGGAAGGGAAGCUCACCCAAGAAAAGCGUAAUCUCCUUUCUGUCGCGUACAAAAAUGUCGUUGGUGCUCGUAGAUCUUCAUGGAGGGUAAUCUGCAUGAUUGAGCAGAGAGCUGAAAAUGAUAAGAAGAAGAAAAUUGCGCAAGAAUUCAGAGUGAAGGUAGAGGACGAGUUGGAUGCUACCUGUAAUGAAGUUUUGGGUUUGUUGCAGAAACACCUCAUCACAGAUGAAUGCACAGAUGAAGAAAGAGUGUUUUAUUUGAAGAUGAGGGGUGAUUAUUGGCGGUACAUUGCAGAAUACAAAGCGGAACAGGGUCCUGACAGGAGUGACGCCAUUCAAAAUGCUGAAGCUGCCUACGAGAAUGCCAUGGAGCAUGCAAAGAAGAACAUGCCUUCCACGCACCCCAAUCGCUUAGGGCUUGCCCUGAAUUACUCAGUUUUCUAUUAUGAGAUCCUGAAUUCUCCAGACAAAGCAUGCAAUUUAGCAAAAGAAGCUUUCGAUGAAGCCAUCAGCGACUUGGAGAAAUUGCAAGACAAUGAUUGUAAAGACAGUACCCUGAUCAUGCAGCUUCUCCGAGACAAUCUCACUCUGUGGACAUCGGAUAAUUCAGCAGAAAAUGGUGAUGAUUAGUGAUCUGAUACCUGUGUUUCAUAUUUACAACUGAAAUUUUGGUUUAGAAGGAAAGUUCAUGAGAUGAGUGCUCGAACGUGUAUUCUGUCCUAUAGUGUUCUUGAAAGGCAGUUGAUUUCAUAUUGUUAGUUGUCUAAAACUAUGCUCGCGGCAUUUGGUCUUGUUUCGAGAGACAUGCUGACUAUUGAAAUGUGUAAUCUUCAACUUCUGACUCUUCAAUUGGACUAUGCGAUGUUGGACGUACCAAGUGAGAUGUCUGGACUCUGCUCUGUCUGAAUGUCACGCUGGCCUCCCCGUCAUGGUCAUGAUGAUGAUGGUGAUGCACAGUGAUGUCCUGACCCACUUGGAUUUCAUCUGCUAUAGGCCACCAAAGAAGGGGAGUUUAGUUUCAGUGAGAUAUUUAAAGGCUUAGGUAUACCAGAUCUCUAUUAUUUUCAUAAUUGUUCAGGCUGCCUAUGAAAGUUACUUAUAAUUUUAGACAGAUUUGUCCUUUGGAACAUAGGCUGAACAUCCAAUUAUUGAACAUGUUUAGUCCUUAUUGAAUGCUUUUCCAUAAGCCAACUUUUUCAUUAGUAGCUCACUUUGAAAAAGAUCUUGUAACACCUAUAUUGAUUGAUUAGUAGUAUACCAGGUAGAGCCUUUUAAGUUAAAAGGUUCAUCAGCCUGGGUCAUUAUAUAUUAUUACUUGUGUGUAUUUUAUGACGUUUCUUCGUGACAAUGAACAAUAAUAAUGAUGUCCUUGGACUACUCACACUUUUUUCAAGCCAAAAGUUAGAAACCUACUUGGAAUCAGUACAGGUUGAUUUCAAAUAGGCAUAGAUCUAUAUUUUUUAUGGAUAGGCAAGCUUAUCAUACCAGACGGCAAGGUCAAUGAAUCAAUGAGCUAUUAUGUCUCAUGUAGGCUACAGAAAUAGUUACUUGUGUGCAUCCUAAAAAACCUGAUUUAUGUGCAGAAAUGAAUAUGUUUAUAAAAUUAUUUUUUUUAACAUUUGAUGAAUUGGGUUCAAAUUGGUCCAUGAACAAUCAUCAACUUAACUACUUUCAUCUGUCCAUUCAUUCAAGGUACUGUAAGUUGACUUGGACAAGGUUGAUUACCAAGCAGGGUCACGGUUAUGCUUAGAGAUCUAUAAGUUGUAAGCUUCUGAAAUGAGGGUUGAAAAUUCCAAGAAUUGAUUUCGGCCUAUUUUAAAAAUUCUAAAUGGAUGUCAUAGAUUUUAAAAAUCAAUGUAGAUAUAGUAUAUUGCCCUUGUAGUUUGAUAUGCUAAGUGAAUAUUUUUUAUUUUCUGACCUGACCAAUGUUUUUUUUAGGAGUUCCAUACAGCCCCACUGCAGUCAAUAUUAUUUACCCUUAAGAGAUGUUAAUUAUCUGUUUUUACUCCUGGGCUGAGUAACUGUUGACUGAAUGCAAGGCUGUUUGAUGGACUUACCUGUCUGAAAUUUUCUUUUUUGAAGAAUUUUUUUGUAAUUGUCUGAGAUUUUUUUGCUUAGUUACCGUAUGUUAAACUGUAAAGCAGUUGCACCUAAUUUGUCAAUGAAGUAGAAGGAAUCUGGUGAUGUUUAGUGGACUUAACCUGUCUUGAUAAAGAAAACAACUGAUUUGUGACUUUGUAGUCUGAGAAUUCAGCUGUUCUUUGAAUUAAAAAAAAAGAUUUUGCUGAGUAAAUCGAAACGGGGAAGGAGAUUGCAAUUGUUCAGUGUUUUUUAAAAUCAACUUUUUGUUUUAAUUGCUGUGCGUGCUUUUUAAGCUGCACAAGGUUUGCUGUCUCUUGUGAGGGGCUGUAUAAAACUCCUUCCAGUACACAGCAGUGGCAGUGCUGGAAUUGCUUUUGAUAUUAUUGAUAGUAAUAAGAAAAGCCUAUAGCAUAUGAUAGGAUUCAGGACUCCCAUAUUUGAGGUGUUGAGUUAAUUUCACUUUGGGUCUGUAGUUUUCAGCUCGACCAGUAAAGAUCAAGUUGGUAGUAAUGUGUAGGGUGUCGAAAGACGGUUAAGUGUCACAUACUCUGAAAUUUUGUCUCUUGAAGCUGUCAUUCAUGACUCUUGGACAUUGAUCAUCUAAACAAAUUUUUUAUAUAUAUUUACUGUACACCUCAUGCUUUUACACCUCAUUCUUUGGGUCAUGCUUCAUUUUGUUUGUAUGACUGCAGUACAUCUUUGGGUUUAUAUUUUACCCCUUCAUGCUGGCAUAUCAAGUGGUGAAAAAUGGACGGAAAGCAUUUUUGUAUGUGAUACUUGCACUCCAGUCUACUAAGUGUUUUGAACACCAGAUUGCUUUGGAUUUAUGGUCCUGAACCACCUAUUGUGUUGUCCUUGGUAUGUCUGGUAGACAAUGCUACAGGUAAAAUGUUGUGAAUUACUUUUCAGUAGGCCCUGGCGGCAUGUCAGACACUGACACAAUUGCAAGAACUCUGAACAUGGACCUUGCCAUGCCACAUGCUGCAAGUAAAAUGUCAUGAACCACAUUUAUUAUUGUCCUAGCCCAGCAUGUCUGUGUCUGGUACUCUUCUGUUUACAAAAUGCUCUGAAUGUUAAUCUUGCUGCAGUAAAGUGAAAUUAAGUGGUGAUAAGACUACUUUGACAAGAAUUUCUUUCUUGAGAAAACUGCUGUUUAAUGCACAAGUUUAAACUUUUUGAGGAGGAUGUGUAACCCAUGACUUGUAGAUCCUUUUCAGCCCCACCGAGUUUGGUUUUCAUGUAUAUCAAGUAGGUUUGUUUUUCAAGAAAUUCCAAGCUUGGAAUUUUUGUGCUGCAAAGGGUAACUCGUCACUUGAAGAGGGCUUGGUCUUAUUGGGAUGGCGAUAUUAUAAGUUCUUUCGAAUAAGGUUUUUCUCUGUGCUGAGUUGGUUCCAUGUUAUGGUAGUGCAGGGUGUAAACCUAUUUACCUUGAUGCUAAAAUCAAAAACUUGAUAUAUUGCAACUACACUUCACAAACUGAGGUUUAGUUUCCAUUGCUUUGUACUGAACCGUGUGGAGGGUUUAGUUUGCUCAAGGGCUGUAUUCAUCUUCACCAUUUCCUCCUUGUGUGGUCAGUUACUAUUUCUGCUUCACUGUCUUUUCUGCUGUGUAUUAUCAGGUAUGAGUAGUUAGCUGUCAGCACUGCAUCUUUGAUACACUAUGUAUAUGCUGUGGUUAUAUAUUACAUUUGCUUAGUAGGCUUUUUCUUGAAGCACUCAUGGAUAUUUCCAUUUUACGGUACAUGGCUUGAUUAAAAAGUCAAUGUUUUAGAAAUAUAUUUGGGAUGGCAAAAUUAAUUAGGAUGAAUGAGAAUGAUUACUGAAUUGUUCAACAUACAAAUAAAGUAAAUUACAGUAGAUGUCUAGUUUUUUGUGGGUAUUUUGAUAAAGUGGCAAGCUUUUUUUAAAAACUGUAUUCAGUGGUUCAUUUUUAAAUUUCUCCUAUUAGCCUCUGGAUAACACAUCAAAUGAAAAGUCAACAUUGUUAGUUUGGUUUCCCCUUCUCCUCACAUCACAAACUGCAGCAUUUUCUCCACCUGCUCCAGCUCGCCUCAAACUAUUCCAUAUUAUAUUCAUGUUUAACACAGUAUGUAUUCUUUUGCUGACUGUGUUGUGCUAUCUCAUAGGUAUGUGUAUGAUAAUCAAGCAUUUUGAAGGGGUGGGGGGGAAUUGAUUAAGUGAAUGGCAACUGCAAAGGGGCAAUGGGAUCUGAUGUUAUUGGGUCUGAAAUUGGAAACUGAAUGUGAUAAACUUGUGGUCAUCUUGUAAAUUGUCAGAAUUCCAUUGUCUCGGUACAAAAUUUACUUCUUAUUGCCAUGAACGAGUGCAGUUGUUUUGUUUGUGAACCGUUUCCUUUGUUUUGUACUUUUUUCAUCUGUCCUUUUUUUCCCCCAAUUUAAAAUUUUACCAUAUUCUCUGAGGUGCUCGUGUCUUGAAAACAUGUUUGGCAAAAUUGGCCCAUAAAAUUACCUAUUUAUAAUGAAAAUUAGUCAUUUUAGAUUGAAAAGCUAUUACCUUAUUUUGUUACAUUUUAUUACCUUGUGGUUGUUUUUUUUUUUUUAUAGCUUUUAAUGACAUGUUUAUCAUGAAAUAUAAUAAAAUGUCAUCAUUGCAAA